CCUAAAGAUUGCUAAAGAGAGGAGCAGCUGCCUCCUCAAUGGGAGCCAGGUGGCUGUAGGGCUACCACUGGGAGGUGGCACCUGCAGGACCUAGGUGAAAGGACAUCACCGGACACCUACUGGUCCUUGCACCCAGGUGUGCUCAGUGCCACAUCAGAGCUUUUGAAGGUGUGUGCACCACUGUGCCCUCAGGUAACCCUGGAUCAUCUUCUUAAGGACAUAUGGCACGGGCUAGAGAAGAAGCAGGGGACAGUCAGCUGGUAUCUGGUAGGGAGCCAAUCUCACGUAUCAUCAAAGUGUCUGUCAAGACCCCACAGGACUGCCAGGAGUUUUUGCUGGCAGAAAAUAGCAACGUCCACCGCUUUAAGAAGCAAAUCUCCAAAUACCUUCACUGUGACGCUGACCGAUUGGUGCUCAUCUUCUCUGGGAAGAUUCUCCGGGAUCAAGACAUACUGAGCCAGCGUGGCAUCCUUGAUGGCUCUACAGUCCACGUGGUAGUGAGGACUCGUUUGAAAGGGUCAGUCUGUACGGGAACUCUGGCAGGCCCCACAGGCCAUUUUACCUGCCAUUCAGAACCAUCUGCCUCUGAUAGUGCUGGGGUGCUAGCCAGAGUGGGCAGGCUGGCCCGAACCUCACCUGACCGAGCUGAUUUCUUCAGCCAGCUUAUCCAACUGUUGGCGAUGGCACCAGAGUCGGUGGUGCAGUUCUUGGAAGACCCUCUGAUUCAAGGACUGGCAAAUGAGAAACAAGCCAACGGCCUGCAUCUUCCUGAAUCCUCAAAGACAGUACAGAAACGGGAGCCAGCUCUCAAGUUUCCGGAAACCUUUCAGAAGUCUGUGCGGCAACCGGAAGUCCUGCAACAACACAAGCAGAGUCUGGAGGCCCUGAAAGCAGUGCCAGGAGGUGACAAUGCUAUGCGUCCUGGCUGCUCUGAUAUCCAGCAGAUCAUGCUUUCCACUCUGGCCUUAUUGGUGGCCUCUAAAAGCCACAUUUCAGGCUCAGACCUGUGCAGAGGAGAAGCUGCCAAUGCUCACUGUAGUUCUGACCCGACCACCACCAUUCCAGCCACCUCUGCUCCAGCCAGGCCCUUGGCACAAGAGGUCAGUACAGGAGGAGUUACCCAGGUCAAGGGCAUUGUUUCAAGUCAGGCCAGUUCGGGGUGUCGACCUGGUACACUAGAUUUACGCGUAGGCUCAGAUCUCCCCUCCCAAGAGAGCCAGCAGCAAGUGGAGAAAGCCCCUCUAACCAGUCAGCCAGGACUCUCACCCUCUGUUUUGUGCCGAGCCUUAAAUGUCCUGCAGCAGAACCCAGCUCUGCUACACCAGCUGGCAACUGGCAGCCCCCUGCUACAUCAUAUGCCACUUCUCCCCAUCCUUACCAACCCGCGAGCACUGCAGGCAUUGCUACAGAUAGAACAAGGCCUACAGAUACUGUCAAGGGAGGUGCCUGAGCUGGGACCAUUCUUAUGGGACUCAGCUAAACCACGUGGGGCUAGAGGAGCCCCAGAAACUAGGGGUAGAAGACAAGCCCAUAGAGAAGAUUCCACACAACACUCCCUGGCCUUUCUUCAGCUCUUCCAUUCCUUGGCCAGCGCCUGUUCCCAGUCUACCCAAACUGCACUGUCCUCGCCCCUCCUCACUGACAGUCGCUACCAGCAAGAACUGGAGCAGCUGAAGGCCUUGGGUUUUGCUAACCACGAUGCAAACCUGCAGGCCCUUAUCGCCACGGAUGGAGAUAUUCACGCUGCCAUUGAGAGGCUUCUGGGGGCUCCACAGGCCUAGUCUCUCCAGCGGAUGCUCACGAUGCGCCAUUCUGUGGAAAGGGAGGAAUAGGGGGAAGGGGAGGGAAGGCACUUAUUUUAGAGAUUCCUCCUCCUCGGGUUAUGAGCACAUUUGGGCAGCCCUUCUCUUACUGCCCAAGCCUGUUCUACAUUAAAGAAGAUUGCUUGGA